GAGUGACAGCGCGAAUCUCUCUCAUCAACGACCAGAGCACGAAACGUACCUGUCAACUUGGACCGACGCUGCUGGGCUGACUUGAUGGUGGACGCGGGCCGGUGGUAGCAAUAGCUCCUUUGGUGGUGUCGUGUGUGAGCAGAGUGUUGGGUGCAGGGUUGGCUCGAGCGGAACAGGAAAAAGCAUGGCGUUUGCUUUGGGUGCAACGGCGGCUGGAGCCCUGGCGGGCGGCGUCGCCAUCAAAAAGGCCGAGCAUGAGGUCAAUUCCCUCUUUGACGACAGCGAAGACCGCCGCGUUCGUGAGAAGGUCGACAAGACCCAUGACACCCUGCGUGCAUCGGACGCGCGUGCCGCCGAGCGAAGCGCGAAACAUCGGGAGCAGCGCGAAACACAGCGUGACGAGCUGCGACGCAAGUACGGAUUGGGCGCCGCAGGGGCCCAUGGCAAGACAACAGCGGACAAACUGGAGAAGAAGCAUGGCCCCUUAGAAAUGGAGGUUGCCGGCUGGUUCUCGACAGGUUUUGCGGCACGCAUCGUGUCCAUCUUGGGAAGCCACCUCACCGUUUACAAACAGGAGACAGACCCAGCGCCGCAGGUGCGCCUUGACUUGCACAACGCCAUGAUCUCAGUUGACCGCAAGGAUCCCGAGCGCCGUGUUCUGCGGCUACGCACAGGGGAUGGCAAAGAGCAUCGCUUUCGUGCAGCCACGGCCGAGGAGGCCCAGGUCUGGCGCGAUGCCAUCAGUGCUGCAACCAGCUUGUGAGCACCGUAUACACCUUGGAACCACCAUCACAUUCUCUCCGUGCGGAAGACUUUUCAUGUUCAUAAACUACAUAUGCCGGGCUCCGCUUCCCGUUGAAGCGUUUAUGAGCCGUCAAUUGUCCAACUCCAUGCGCCAUAUUGAGCAAUUGAGGACCAGCUGGACGCGAUUUGGUCGCGAAAGGUCACGCCAUUUG